AUGGGUACUGAACUGGAUUCCAGUGUAGAUACUAUUCGUCAUCAUCAAAGAAAUUAUGAAGCACAAAAACGUAGAACUACUAUGGAGAUUACUCAUUUACGUAAUCAAUUAGCUAAAGCAACUGCUUUAUUAGAACAGUUGAAAUUAUUCUUCAGUAAAACAAAUGUGAACACUAGUUCUUUGGACCACAAUAUGCGAGUUGUGAUUGAGAAUUUACUAAGAAAUGUACACACAAAUAAUGAACUGCAAGAUGUAGAUACUUUAAGUAUCGACGAUUUAAAACUGAGAUUAUCUAUUGCUCAAAAUGAGCUUACUCAAUUGCGAUUAGAUAUGGCACGUCAAAGAGAAGAUGAUGAUCGUGAGGCAUCAAGACUUCGGGGUCAGUUAGCUGAAGCAAAUUCAAAUGCAAGAGCUUUACGGAUGCAGUUAAAUCGCCUUAUACCACAAAGCAUUUCUUCAAGCAAACUUAAUAGUUUGGUGAAUACAAACUCAUCCGAUUCCUCAAGCUGUACAAAUUGUCAAAAACUUCAACGUCUCAACGAUGUUUUACAACGUAAACAAUCUAAAAUGAACCCGUUUCCUGAUUUAAUCGAUCAUCAAGGGAAUAUAAUAAAUCAUCAGAAUUUUGUUUGUGAGGACAGUGCCUUUAAGAAGAAAGCAAUACACAAGCCACACUUUAUGAACAGUUUCGUUCAAACAGAUUUGUUGAAUGAUAUUCCCGCAACUGAUUUUAUCCAAAAGGUUGAUGUAGCUAUUGACCCUAUUGGUGGAUACGAUAACAUCUCACCACAUCUCCCGGUUGAAAAUUGUAAAUAUGUUCAAACGGAACCAUUCGUCAUAGGCAAUGACAUAACUUCAUGCGAAACUUCUUCAUCUGGUGUAAUUUUGGUUGAUGGAAGUUUAAAACAUGGUAGUGUAAACGAACCAAGCAACCUAAGUGAGGUUCAGUUAAAUAACCUUCAUGUAUCCAAUAAAUCGGCACCAGUAUCAUUAAUGGAAAACGACAAUGAAGCCGCAAUAAAUAGUUAUCGAAAUUCAAUGCUUCAUUCAAUUGGUGAAUUAAAGCAUGAUAACUUGGUUAACCCGAGCCAAAGUGUUAAUGAAGAUUCGUUACAUUCUCAGUUGUUACAGCGAAUAAAAGUAGCUGAGGAGGAAGCGAUUAUGGCUAUGGAUCAGUUGAAGGCAAGUAAUGCAGAGUUUCUUACUUUAAAAGAACGCUUAUGUCAUGCAACUGUAGAACGUGCACAUUUAAAAGCAACCAUUGAAGGAUUGGAUGAACAGGUCGCGUUACUUGAAGACUCUUUGUAUGAGCGUACACAGGAACUUCGUAGAAGUCAAAUACUUCUUGGGAAAUAUUGUCCAACAUCUCAAAAGCCUGUGGCAUCAUAUUCUGUUGGACCUGAAGUACCGACAUCGGAAAUAUUUAUUAAAAUACAUGAACCAAACAAUAAUUAUACAGGCGAAUCAGCAGUUGUUAAUUUGAGAGGUGUUGUUCAAUCUUUUGAACCUACAGAAUCAUUUCUACGUUCUGUUCCCAUCAGAUUUAAAUCGUUACAUCAAUUAAUUAACCUAAAGGAUUGGCUAUCUGUUUUAUUGAAGCAGUUGGUUGUACGUAGUCAACAACUAACACCCGGAAUGUCUAGUGGUAUAAGAUUUACUUCAUUUCGUCUGCGAAGUCAACCUAGACCUAAAGCAAUGUUUAUAUUCUUGACUUAUUUCUUUUUUGUACAUCUAAUGCUAUUACAUUGUUGGUUAUUGUAA